CUUGAACGUACAGUCUCAAGCUUCCUCAGCACUCUUUCAUCCACUCCUCACCUUAACAUCAUAUACACAAUACUUUCGCUUCGCCUUAAAACAUGAAGAUUCUUAUCUUGAUCGCCCCUCUGCUUUCCCUCCCUCUGGCUUUUGCCAAUUAUGGCGGUGAUUACGGAUAUGGCUAUGGGGAAAAGAUCAGUACCGUAACUGCUACCGUCACGCACACUGUCACAAAGCCCAUCUACAAGGCCCCGAUCACCAAGACCAAGACUGAAACUGUCACCAAUUUCAAGCCCACAGUCACAAAGUACAAGACUAAGACCAAGACCGUCACUGAGAAGCCUUACCCCACCUACCACAAGCCUGGAUACGGUGAUGGCAAACACAAAGACGGCGAGUACAAGGGCUAAGAAGUGGGUCUCUCCCAACGACUCGAAUUGAUGGAACAUAACCGGGUCAAUGUACCUACCUUGAAGAUUUGGCCUUGCAAUCUUUUCCUGUCAAUUUGAGCGAUGGUUAUCGUAGGGCAAUAAGUCGUUGACUUCUCGUUAGUCUGGAGAAUGAAUUGUUGGGCUACGUUACGGCAUUUCUUCUCACUCUUUACCAUUCUUAUGUAAAUAUAUACACGUUAUGUUCUUGGUAGUGGUUAAUUAUUAGAACUUAGCGAUAAUUGCUGGGAGGCAAUCAGAUAAAAUCCCUUCGUCGAAAUCCUUUUGUUUGACUUUAUCAUAACUAAACGUUUCGCUGG